AUGGCUGUCACUUUCGAGAGGCUGGUGCGCUUUCGAGCCCCGGAUGGGCAGACAUACUACGGCGAGGCUGGAGCAGAAUGGCAAUCCGACCUCAAGGGCAGGGAAGUGCAGAUCUUCUCAGGCUCAGACCCGUUCGAACAUGACUUCCAGCUGUCGGACAAGAAGGCUGUCAUCUCUGAGGUUCUGUCACCAUUGGAGCAGGUCCCGAUCGUGCUCGGGAUCGGUUUGAAUUAUAGGAAACAUGCCGAAGAAGCUGGGUUCCCCAUCCCAACCUUCCCGGUCGUGUUCACCAAAUACGCAGAUACUCUGGCUGGCCCGUUUGAAGAUAUCCCGAUUCACCCGGAAUCCCAUGAACUCGACUACGAGGGCGAGUUGUCAGUCGUCGUUGCUAAGGACAUCAAGAACCUGUCCGAGAAGGAUGACCCUCUCGACUGUGUCCUUGGCUUUACUGUUGGUAACGACGUCUCAUCCCGUUAUUGGCAGGUCGCCCCUCGGUCGGGGGGUCAGCAUGGCCCCGCGAAGUCCUUCGACAAAUUUGCCCCCAUCGGUCCAGUCAUUGCUUCGUUGAAGGCUGUGGGCAACCCUGAGACGUUGAAGCUUCGCACCUGGAUCAAUGGCGAGAUCCGACAAGAUGGCAGAACGGAUGAUCUGAUCUUUGGCAUCAGUGCUAUCCUGAGGCACAUCAGCAGGGGCACGACCAUCAGGAAGGGAACGGUCAUCAUGACGGGCACGCCCAGCGGGGUGGCUGCGUUCAUGAAACCGGCAGCAUGGUUACGGGACGGCGACAUUGUCGAGGUCGAGAUUGAGCAUAUCGGCAAGAUCGCGAAUAAGAUGGUCUUCGAGAAGUGA